AUGGCGAAGGAACCAGUGGAGGACACAGACCCCAGCACUUUAUCGUUUCAUAUGUCAGACAAAUAUCCCAUUCAAGAUACAGGACUCCCUAAAGCUGAGGAAUGUGAUCCAAUUAAUUUGAACUGUCCAGCAAAUUCUGAUGUGCAAAAUCAGGAAGAAGAAAAUGGCUUUCCAGAUAGUACUGGAGAUCCCCUUUCAGAUGUCAUCGAGGACAAAUCCUGUAAGGAUAACUGUACCUGCUCCUCCUGCUCACUCCGCACCCCCACCAUCAGUGACUUGCUCAAUGAUCAGGAUUUACUGGAUGUGAUCAGGAUAAAGCUGGAUCCGUGUCACCCAACAGUAAAAAACUGGAGAAAUUUUGCAAGCAAAUGGGGCAUGCCAUAUGAUGAACUGUGUUUCUUGGAGCAGAGGCCUCAGAGCCCUACCCUGGAGUUCUUACUUCGGAACAGUCAGAGGACAGUGGGCCAGCUGAUGGAGCUGUGCAGGCUCUACCACAGGGUUGACGUCGAGAAAGUCCUGAGCAGGUGGGUGGAAGAGGAGUGGCCAAAGAGGGGGCACGGCGACCACGCAAGGAACUUCUAGGGCUUUCCUCUUUCUUAUUCACCUCUUUGGACCUGGAAUGACCACAGGUGAAGGAGGAAUAUGAAUUGUUUUCUUUGUUCUAAGAGUUUAGGCUGAAGACAUGAACAGUGGACAUUGGUUUUUCCCAAAGUUAGUAGUUUUGCGAAUGGGGUAGGUUGUGUUUUGGUGGUGGAUUUUUAUUUGUUUUGUUUUGCACAACUGUUUUAAUUUAAUGUUAGAAUCUGUAAUUGAGGAAAAUAUCUGGGAGCCUCAUGGCUUACCUACAGAGUAGGGCAACAGCCUCUCAUCAGGAUGGAUUCAUGCCAGAAUGCAAUGAAAGUGUUCACUCCUGUAAACGUUGCUGAAAGUGGAUCUAGGAAGGACUGUGGUUGAUGACGCCAAACAAGCAUCGUUGACAAGAUCCUUCAUCAUCAAGUGUUCCCAUGACUUAUAAGAAAACAACUGAAUGAUGCCAUAUUGUUUGUCUGCCUUUACUUUUUUUGUUAAAAAGUAUUUGGGUAAAUUAACAGGAUAUUGGUAUUAUUGUGAUGACCCCCUUUACCACAUUUGUGCUAUCUUUUUUUCAUUCAGUAUUUUCAUAAUCUAUGUUCUAUCAAGAAUG